GUUGUCAAUGCCAUCGAUGGUUCUGGUCCAAUUGUGUGGGAACGGGGUGUGGCAGAUUCACUGACGUCAAAUAGAAGAACCCACCACCUCUAGGCCACCUAGACCCAGCAACGAAAGAACGACAAACGAACGCCUCAACCCUGGCCAGACCAGUCUGACCUCCAUCCAGCCUUUGACCUCGGCACCACCCACCGCACAGCAAGCAAACACAUACACACCCACGAUGCAGGUCCCUCUGUUCAGGCUCCAGUGUGGAGUCAACUCGUACGACUGGGGAAAGAAGGGCUCCGAGUCGGCCGCCGCAAAGUUCGCUGCCGUAACAGCCCCCGCCGACUUCAGCGUCCAGGACGACAAGCCCUACGCAGAGCUAUGGAUGGGAACCCACCCCUCCAACCCGUCAAAGGACGUGGACACGGGCCGCUCCCUGCUCGAGCUCGUCGAAGAGAACCAGGCUUUCCUUUCGCCCGCCGUGACGGCCAAGUUUGGCCGCAAGCUGCCCUUCCUGUUCAAGGUGCUCUCCAUUGGCAAGGCCCUAUCCAUCCAGGCCCACCCCAACAAAAAGCUUGCCGAAAAGCUGCACGCCCGCGACCCCAAGAACUACCCUGACGACAACCACAAGCCCGAAAUGGCCAUCGCCAUCACCCCCUUUGAGGGUCUCUGCGGCUUCCGUCCGCUCGACGAGAUCGCCCACUUCCUUGAUGCCGUACCCGCCCUCCGGGAGCUGGUGGGCGAGGACAAGGCGGCGCAGUUCACAGCCGCCGCAAAGGACGGGAGCGCCGACGAGGGCGCCAAGAAGAAGGCGCUGCGUGAGGCCUUUAACGCCCUCAUGUCGGCAUCCGAAUCGGCGCUCGCGGCGGCGACGGAAAAGCUGGUAGCUGAUGCGGCAGGCGAGGGGGCAGAGUUCGCCGGCAAGGGCGUGGCUUCGACGUCCGGCAAAACGCUGUCGGAGCUGGUGGGUAGGUUGCACGGGCAGUUCGGGGCUGACUAUGGCUUAUUUGUGCUUUUCUUUUGCAAUUUUGUAACGCUGGAGCCGGGCGAAGCGCUGUUCCUGCAAGCCGACGAUAUCCACGCGUACGUGUCGGGCGACAUCAUGGAGUGCAUGGCAGCGUCGGACAACGUGGUGCGGGCUGGGUUUACGCCAAAGUUUAAGGACGUGCCCACACUUGUGGACAUGCUUACCUACGGCUAUGCACCCAUCGACGAGCAGAAGAUGCAGCCGCGCGACUAUCCCUUCGCAACGCUUAACCGGGCGGCUUACAGCUCCGGGUCGCAUGCGCUCCUGUACGAUCCGCCUAUCGAGGAGUUCAGCGUGGUCGGCGGCUCGCUCAAGGCCGAAGGAGCCAAGGCCUCGUUCGACCCCAUCGACGGGCCCAGCAUCGUCAUCUGCACCAAGGGCAGCGGCAAGAUCUCGGUCGGGCCGACGGUGAAGGAGCUCAAGGAGGGGUGGGUGUACUUUGUGGGCGCGACGGCCGAGUGCGUUAUCGAGGCCGAGGGGCUGGCCGAGGGCGAGGAACUCGUUUUCUUCAAGGCCUUUUGCGAGGUUGAGGACCACAGCAACGGCAACGGCGGCGCCGCGUUGUAAGUGGUGCUAGUGCGAUGUCGCAUAUACAUGGCGGGGCGGACGGCAAGAUAGUGGCCUAGGGUUUCAUCUGCUGUGUGACACGUCGGUACAUGUCGGUAUGCAUGCCAAUAUCGCCGGUUCCCUUGGAGGCAACGGUGCUCGGCAGCAAAUGAGAGCGAUAGGCUUGGUAGGCACGCUUUUCCAGCAUGCAGAGUAAGGAGAUUACCAAGAUAUGAGAUGGGUCUCGAGGUAAUCAGACGAGCGUGCAGUAUUUGUUGCGAGACGAAUCGAACCGAAUUGGUGCAUGUGUCUGGCUGUAUGUAAGGCGUCAAGUGGCGUCC